CCAAGAACCGGCCUCCUUCCUAAACCAGUCUUCGGUUUGGCAGCCCAUGAUGGGCCUCGGCAUUUUCGGUUAUAGUCGGGGAGAUGUUGACGUCCACCAAAAACGGCAUUGACAGUGUUCACAUGUACUUACAGGGUGGAAAUAUCCUCACAACUGUACCUGUAGCUGCCUAAAUUUCAAAGUAUUGUAGUUUCUCUAUCUGAUCCCAAACACCUUCAUGAUACAUCUUUAUCUUCAUUAAAUCGACCAUUUGAAAUGAUGCAGUUGCAGAUGCAUCACUGACUCCGCCAAAAAGAAUGAUCCAAGAAACAGUGAAAAGGCUUCUGCGUGUCGCGCGCACACAUGGCGUUGUCGUCGUAGGAGCGUCAGAAAAGGCGGAAAGAGCAUCGCACCAGGUCCUUCGUAGCUUGAAUUAUGGUGUUGAAGUUACUAUUCUCGACACUGAAGAGUGGUCUCGAAGUUAUAGUUCUUAUCUUUUUUGUCCUUUAAUUUCCAGAAACGCAGAAUCUUCCUGGUCUGGUAGCUGUGAACCCGACUUUGGUGAAACCUUCUCCCACAGAACUUCCAACGAUUGUUGGUGUGCCUUGUUAUACGAGUUUGAAAGCGGUUGUGGAUGCGGAGCGGUCUUCAGAUAAGAAUGUUAGGGUAAUCCUCAGACUAAAAAGCUAAGUGGUAAGUAGUUAUAUCCGGACUCGCAGCACAGGUGUAGGUAUUCUCAAUAAAUCGCGAUUCUUAUUUAGUAGAAGGAGAAUGGGAAUUUAUUCCUGAAUUUGAAUUCCGAUUCAAAAAUGAAAAGACGGCUUUUUGAUAAGUGAACAGGCCAACGCCUAAACCACUAAGCCAACUGCGCAGCUUUGUUUUCAAUUCCUCAGUGGAGGAAGAUCUGUUUCUUUUUCCUUGUUUUCUUUCCCUUGGAUUUCUUUGUACAGCUUGUUAUACAUGCAUGAAGUUUUCUUACUAAGUAGAAGCGCGAUUCUCAUUAUUCUCAAUAAAUCGCGAUUUGUAUUAAGUAGAAGGACAAUGGGGAUUUAUUAUUAUUCCUGAGAACUUGUUGAAUUCCAAUUCAAAAAUCAAUUAUACCAGCAAUACCUAGCAGCUCGUGCUCUAAGAACUCUAAUUUCCCGACCACGGUCCGAAAAGUGGUCUGUAUUUUUCGAAGUGAGCCUGGUCCUUCGGUCGUUGAGGCCGUUGAGUUAGGCUUUCGGCAUUUCUGGUUGCAGUACGGCGUUUUUCUAUCUGACGCGGAUAAGAAUGUAUGGUUCUGGUAUUUGGUAACCUGAAUUUGAUCCUAAGGGUUCUCUUCUUGUUUUCCCUUAGGAUCAAAUUCAGGUUACCAAAUACCAGAACCAUUCAAAGAAGACGAUAGCUGCUGAACUUAUCUCGAUGGACGACGCACCGAAGGACGAAGAUCUAAAGAAUGAAUUGCUACUCGUAGAGGACAGGUGCCUGAAAGUCGAAUUGAACAAAUUUCCAGACGAAGCGACCUCCGCGAACCUGUAAGAUCCAUACCUCAAUUAGGGUGUUGCCUAUCCAUAUUAGGAUUAGUUACUUCAUCUAAGACCCAUUGAGGUCGUAAGAUUCUGUAACACAAUUAAGAACCUGACCAAAACCGUGUUGCCUGAAUUUUUGAGUGAUCCAUCCAUGCUGUUCUAGACGAUAGGUCUCAUGCAUAAAGACGAGAAGACAU